CAUCGCUAUUCAUAGAGGGGGUAGCCCGACGACUCUCGCUCUCCUCCAUUCUGCCUCGGAGGUGGAUGCCAUGCCACCGGGUUUUCUUCAUUUAUCAGCUGUUUUCGUUCACAUGACAAGAGCGCCGGGGUUGUUUUAAGGGUAGGAGAUCCCUCUUGGUCGCGACAUUACAGCAGAUGGAGAGAGCCCUCCAUCAUCCACAUCAACUACUGUCAAUCACAUUAAGAUUGAGUCAAUCAGUACCAUGGACCUUUAGAAGCAGUAAUGGCAACUUGCAGUACCUCUCGCUCUGAUUGGAUAGACUUGUAGCAUGCGUUCCCUACGUAAGACUGUGCUGUUAGCUCUGGUAGCAUCAGUGGUGCUGGUUUUGGCUGUGCUACAUUCCUGGCCCACGCGGGUCUACAGCACUGUGGAUGUCCGGUACAGACCAGGUCCUGGAGCUGAGCGGCUACUGGAGGAGAGACUUCCUGAACCGGAUCCCAGUGCUAGUACCAUCCCCUACCGUGUGAGGGAGAGUGUGGCCAGGCUUUUGGCUCGCAACGGGUGUGUUUGUGAAGGAGAGAGCCGAGGGAUCAACCUGCCCUUUGCUCAGCUAUUGUUCCCCAGAGUGUCUGCCCAUCCCCUGCACACUGCCUUCCAGGCCUCCCAGCUCCAUGAGAUGAAGAAACGGCGAGCCAAAGAGUAUCAGAGCUUCCAAAUGAGGUCGCAGACCCCUGCUGACCUGCUGAUUGUAUCUGAAGCUAACAACCCCCUGCAGUACCCAACACAGGGUGUGGAGGUUCGGCCACUUAAAACUAUCCUUAUACCAGGUUUGGCCUUAAAAGAGCUGCCCAGAGAUUUCUAUACUCUGAACUUUUCAGCUUCUCUGGGCACUUUUAAUGUGGCAGCAGAGGUGGAGGGGGUAAAGGUCAGGGGUGAUGGCGAGAUGCACAUGACCCUGAGCAGCGGCCUUUUGUCCAGUCUGAAUCGACAGCUCCAGUUUAUCACAUAUACUAACACACUGUUCCACCCCAGCACAGCUGACACAGUGCAGUUAGACACAGAAGGACAUCAGGCUCUUUUCACCAUCAAGAUUCGUCAUGGAGUAACACCUAAACUCUACAACACAGGCUCUGAUGCAGAUAAAGAGUACAACAUCAGUGCUCUCGUGACCAUAGCAACCAAAACCUUCCUGCGCUAUGACAAGCUCCAGGAUUUAAUUGACAGUAUACGACGGUACUAUCCAACUGUUACUAUUGUGAUAGCAGACGACAGCGAACACCCGAAAACUGUGUCAGGACCAUAUAUUGAACAUUACAUCAUGCCCUUUGGAAAGGGCUGGUUUGCUGGUCGUAAUCUGGCCGUGUCACAGGUCACAACCAAGUAUGUGCUGUGGGUGGAUGAUGACUUCAUCUUCACUGCCAACACAAAGCUAGAGAAGCUGGUGGAUGUGCUGGAGAAAACCACACUUGACCUGGUUGGAGGAGCAGUGCGUGAAGCUACAGGCUACACUGCCACCUACAGGCAGACCAUCUCAAUUGAGGCUGGAGAGGAAGACGGGGACUGUCUGCACAUGCGGCGAGGCUUUCAUCAUAUCAUCCAGGGGUUUCCUCACUGCGUGGUCACUGAUGGAGUCAUCAAUUUCUUUCUUGCCAGGACAGAUAAAGUGCAGCAGGUUGGCUUUGACCCCCGGCUUGCCCGUGUUGCUCACCUGGAGUUCUUUAUUGAUGGGCUCGGCUCCCUGCAUGUUGGGUCGUGUGAUGAUGUCAUCGUGAACCACGCCACUAAGAUCAAGCUACCGUGGGGCCAGUCGGAAAGCGACAAAACUUACGCAAAGUUCCGUUACCCUCCUGCUUCAUCUGAUGCGACACACACCAAAAAUGGCCUCUUGUACUUCAAAAACCGCUUCCAGUGUCUAACACACAACUGAACCCACUCUGACAAUGCCUUCUUCUCUUUCUCAUCCUCCCUCAAAUGAACACUCUCUCCAUGAGUAGCUAAAGGAGCCUGUGAAGACACUGGAGGUGUGCUGUGUUACUGUAUAUGGUCUCAUGUGAGUAAGUGGGAGCUCUUUUGGAAAGUGUCCUAAGGUGAUCAGACAUGACUGGCGGAUGAGAUGUGCAGUGAUGGCUGAUUAACAUUUUUUUGAUACCUGAAGAUGUCGUAUUUUUGUGUCUCCUUUCUUUAGCUUUAUUUUUGUUCAGAGGAAUUCUUUAGAUACAGAUCAAACCAUUCCGUAAAUUAUGCACAGCCAUCUUUUUUUCUCCUCAGCCAAUCAUGUUUCAAUAUCACAUUUAAAGAGAUAGUAAGCCCAAAAAUGAACAUUCUGUCAUUAUUUACUCACGCGAAUGUUAUUUUAAACUGUAAAAGAGACAUUCCAAGCCCCAAAAUGACAUGGGAGUAAGACUAUGACAGAAUUUUUAUUUUUGAACGAACUAAUCCUUUAACUAACGAGAGUACAGAAGUUUCUUUUGAAACUGAAGAACGAAGAGAAAACUGUGGAGGUAAAUAUUUCGAACCAUGACUUUUAGAAUUUUUCAAUCCAGAUAAAGGGAGACAUUUUCUUUGGGACAUUCGCAUGGAAUGACACAUAAUCUCCCUGUCUGGCAUUAAUCGAAUCGUGUGUGUACCUGUCAGUCUGUGUGGGUUUUAUUGAGGGUCGUCUCUCUGUACGUUUGCACUAAAACAAAUGGACUUCAAUAGGAGAGACCAGGCCCUCAGCGUCACUGAAAGAAGGAACAGAGUGAACAUCAUUAGCAAGCUAAAACCACAGACAAUCCAACAUAUCACUCUCAUUAUCUCUCUCUCUCUCCCUCUCACAUACACACUCAAGCGAGAGAUAGUGGGGUGAUUCAUUGUAUAUCAGUAAAACCUCCUGAAUUUGAUAUUUUCUGUUCUAAAGAGUGACUGUGCCAAAGGCUGAAUCACUGUCCUGGUAUAGCUUAUUUAUUUUUUGUACAUUUUUAUUUAAUUGGUUCUGGAGUCUUUUUUAGAUUACGUCCCUAUGUACUGAAGCAUGCAGCCUGGAUUAAAUAUCAGACGGAUGUGAAGCAGCAAUGUGAGGUCCAAUACCACCUUUUAUAAAUUUAGUUAGCAAUCACUCACUCCAGUCAGUUGCUUUUGCUAUGCAGAAUGGCUGAGACAGCUAAGCUUACUAAAACAAAACAAAAAGCAAUAUUAACAGACUCUUCAGAGUAAAUAGCACAUUAUGUGCAAAUAAUGAAGAAGUCACUAAUAAAACGACCACUAAGGUGAUAUCUACAGUAGCUGUCAAAAAUUUGGAUACAUCUCAUUCUUAAUUAUUAUUAUUUUCCUCAUUUUGUAAUAAUUGUUGGGAUUAAAAACAUUGAGCCCCCAAAAACAUUCAUCAAAAUUAAAUUAUAUAUAUAUAU